AUGGCCAAAGGGGACACCUCCGCCAAAAAGAAACGGACACGGCGGCGAAAGAGAAGGGAAGUUUCAGACUCAUCCUCCUCAGAUGACUCUGCUUCGGAGUCGGAGGACGUCCCUGUGCCAAAGACCAAUCCGGCUCCUCCGGUCAAGGUUCCUCAACCGGCUGAGGAGUCCGAGGACGAUACGGAGUCAGACGAUGAUGAAUCUUCUGACGAGGAUGUUGUGGGACCUACUGCUCCUCACGGCGACAUGGAGAUGGCUCCAGCACAUGAACCGUCCGAAGCGGCACCACGUCCUCACAAACGGAUUCCUUCACGUUCACCUUCCCCUCCAGCACCGGCAUUACCACCAUUCCUGCCAACUGCGAAGGAUGUACGUGAGGAGAAGGAGAAGCAACUGAAAGACCGAUUCCGCAAGUAUUGGAUGACCAGCCUCGCGGACGCCUUUGCCGAUGACCUUGACGAGAUCCGAAAGGAGCAGAGUAUGACAAAAUCGCGCUUAGAUAUGCUCAUCGACUCUCUCGCGUCCGGCGCAGACGUCUUCAGUUCUUCCUUGGACGAGAGCAGCCGGCAACGAACGAACGAAGAGAUGGAGCUCGUGCUCGGUGAACACUGA